AUGUGGACUGAUAUUCUUCUGCAAGCAGUGCUGAUUUUAGUAUCAGUGUUUAUGUUCUUAGCUAUGUACGACAUCCCACAGAAGUUCUUAACGAAGCUGCGCUUCCGUAACCGCGCCGAUCUUCAAGCAAAGCGCCAUUUUGUUGUCGGUGCCCAGCUCUUAGCCCAAGCCAAAUCUUCCAAGACUUCCCCAUCUUCCGCCGCCUCAUUAGCCAAACAAGCCGAAGCAGAAGCCGACAAGGCUAUAUCUCUAGACCCUAAGGACGCCGCAUCGCACAUCUUGAAAGCUUUGGUGCUGGAUCUCCAGGGUUUCAAGACGUCGGCUCUCGACUCGCUUGACGUCGCUCUCUCAAAUCCGGCCGUCAAAAGUUUGACCGACGGAGAGAAGGGUGAUGCACUAUUCAAGAGAGCGGAGGUGAAAGUUGCGAUGAGCCGGCGAGGUCGAGUUGACCCGGCAAUUGAGGAUCUGAAUGAAGCCGUGAGGCUGGGUUGUGACGGCGUGAGAGUGUUUUGUUUGUUGGGAGAGUGCUACGAGGCUAAGAAGCUGGGUGAAGAGGCUAAGAUGGCUUAUGAAGCGGCUUUGAAGGCGGAACCGAGUUCGACCGCCGCUCAAGCCGCGUUGGCCCGCUUAGGGUCGUAG